AUGGCAUCCUAUGCUGAUAACUUCGCUGCUAACUCUGCUUUUCAAACCUCGAGCAGUCCUGCAACGCCUACCAGGGGCAUUGGCAGGUUCGGAACCCCUCGGACCGUGUUCUCGCCUGCAGCGUACUCUCCUGUGAAGGCUGCUGCUUGCAACGGUGAAACGUUCUGCAGCAGCGUGCUUCUGAAGAGCGUGAGGCCGCUGCUGGAGAAACUGGCCUCCCAAGGCGUCGCUGACGGGCAACACAAGCCCACCUUGAAGGUGCACGUUGUAGCUGACGCGCCUGAUGUGAAGCGGCCUGGAAUCGGCCGCUUCGGAGGCAAGCCUGCUGCUGCCGUGCUCGCACCUGUGGUCGUCAAUGCUGCUCCCGUCACACCAUCUCCUGCUGCUGCAGUCGCACCGACUGCUGUGGUUGCGCCUGUGGUGGUGCCUGAAGUAGCGCCUGCGGCUCCAGUGGCUUUAACCACACCACAGGUGCCUGAAGCGUCUGUUACGACAGAAGCAAUGUCCAAGGGGUCUGCUGAUCCGAGUGAGCAGAAAGCCAGAUGGGACAAGCUGCGUCAGGAAAUUCGAGCAAUGGAUAGUGAAUGGAUGAAAAACUUUAGAGCACGUGCUGCUUACCUGAGGUGGGCCAGGUUGGACCAGGAGAAGUGGGCAAGAGACAUCGAAGCCGCCAUUGAAGCCUGCCUUCCUGCCUGGAUCGCGCCUGGUAGAGCAGUUCCUCCUGUAUCUGCAGCUGCAGCGACUGUAGCAGAGUCCGCAGCACAAGCUGCUCCAUCUGCAGCAUCAGCAACAAUUGUGAAAUCACCUGUUUCGGCAUCACCAGUUAGAGGAGCUUCAGCAGCGGCACAGGAGUCAAGACCUGCUGUUGCAGCAAGGUGUAAGGUGGGGGGUGAAACCGUGAAGGGAAAGAAUGGGUGCAGCAGCAAGGCGGUGAGCACUGGUGUGAAGGGUGGCAAGGAAAGCAGCAAGCCUGCAGUCUCUAACCCACGUGCAGCAGCAGCAGCUGCAGCAGUUGCUGGAUCACGUGGUGCUGCAUCAUCAGUGAGAACAGCUGGCAAGGCCAGCAGCAGAUAUGCUGUGGCGAAGAGGAGAGAGGAGGGUGGCAUACUUCACUCCCCCCUCCACUGCGCAGCAUACUUCACUCCCCCCUCCACUGCGCAGCAUACUUCACUCCCCCCUCCACUGCGCAGCAUACUUCACUCCCCCCUCCACUGCGCAGCAUACUUCACUCCCCCCUCCACUGCGCAGCAUACUUCACUCCCCCCUCCACUGCGCAGCAUACUUCACUCCCCCCUCCACUGCGCAGCAUACUUCACUCCCCCCUCCACUGCGCAGCAUACUUCACUCCCCCCUCCACUGCGCAGCAUACUUCACUCCCCCCUCCACUGCGCAGCAUACUUCACUCCCCCCUCCACUGCGCAGCAUACUUCACUCCCCCCUCCACUGCGCAGCAUACUUCACUCCCCCCUCCACUGCGCAGCAUACUUCACUCCCCCCUCCACUGCGCAGCAUACUUCACUCCCCCCUCCACUGCGCAGCAUACUUCACUCCCCCCUCCACUGCGCAGCAUACUUCACUCCCCCCUCCACUGCGCAGCAUACUUCACUCCCCCCUCCACUGCGCAGCAUACUUCACUCCCCCCUCCACUGCGCAGCAUACUUCACUCCCCCCUCCACUGCGCAGCAUACUUCACUCCCCCCUCCACUGCGCAGCAUACUUCACUCCCCCCUCCACUGCGCAGCAUACUUCACUCCCCCCUCCACUGCGCAGCAUACUUCACUCCCCCCUCCACUGCGCAGCAUACUUCACUCCCCCCACCACUGCGCAGCAUACUUCACUCCCCCCUCCACUGCGCAGCAUACUUCACUCCCCCCUCCACUGCGCAGCAUACUUCACUCCCCCCUCCACUGCGCAGCAUACUUCACUCCCCCUCCACUGCGCAGCAUACUUCACUCCCCCCUCCACUGCGCAGCAUACUUCACUCCCCCCUCCACUGCGCAGCAUACUUCACUCCCCCCUCCACUGCGCAGCAUACUUCACUCCCCCCUCCACUGCGCAGCAUACUUCACUCCCCCCUCCACUGCGCAGCAUACUUCACUCCCCCCUCCACUGCGCAGCAUACUUCACUCCCCCCUCCACUGCGCAGCAUACUUCACUCCCCCCUCCACUGCGCAGCAUACUUCACUCCCCCCACCACUGCGCAGCAUACUUCACUCCCCCCUCCACUGCGCAGCAUACUUCACUCCCCCCUCCACUGCGCAGCAUACUUCACUCCCCCCUCCACUGCGCAGCAUACUUCACUCCCCCCUCCACUGCGCAGCAUACUUCACUCCCCCCUCCACUGCGCAGCAUACUUCACUCCCCCCUCCACUGCGCAGCAUACUUCACUCCCCCCUCCACUGCGCAGCAUACUUCACUCCCCCCUCCACUGCGCAGCAUACUUCACUCCCCCCUCCACUGCGCAGCAUACUUCACUCCCCCCUCCACUGCGCAGCAUACUUCACUCCCCCCUCCACUGCGCAGCAUACUUCACUCCCCCCUCCACUGCGCAGCAUACUUCACUCCCCCCUCCACUGCGCAGCAUACUUCACUCCCCCCUCCACUGCGCAGCAUACUUCACUCCCCCCUCCACUGCGCAGCAUACUUCACUCCCCCCUCCACUGCGCAGCAUACUUCACUCCCCCCACCACUGCGCAGCAUACUUCACUCCCCCCUCCACUGCGCAGCAUACUUCACUCCCCCCUCCACUGCGCAGCAUACUUCACUCCCCCCUCCACUGCGCAGCAUACUUCACUCCCCCCUCCACUGCGCAGCAUACUUCACUCCCCCCACCACUGCGCAGCAUACUUCACUCCCCCCUCCACUGCGCAGCAUACUUCACUCCCCCCUCCACUGCGCAGCAUACUUCACUCCCCCCUCCACUGCGCAGCAUACUUCACUCCCCCCUCCACUGCGCAGCAUACUUCACUCCCCCCUCCACUGCGCAGCAUACUUCACUCCCCCCUCCACUGCGCAGCAUACUUCACUCCCCCCUCCACUGCGCAGCAUACUUCACUCCCCCCUCCACUGCGCAGCAUACUUCACUCCCCCCUCCACUGCGCAGCAUACUUCACUCCCCCCUCCACUGCGCAGCAUACUUCACUCCCCCCUCCACUGCGCAGCAUACUUCACUCCCCCCUCCACUGCGCAGCAUACUUCACUCCCCCCUCCACUGCGCAGCAUACUUCACUCCCCCCUCCACUGCGCAGCAUACUUCACUCCCCCCUCCACUGCGCAGCAUACUUCACUCCCCCCUCCACUGCGCAGCAUACUUCACUCCCCCAACCACUGCGCAGCAUACCCCUCUCCCCCCCCCCACUGCGCAGCAUACCCCUCUCCCCCCCCCCACUGCGCAGCAUACCCCUCUCCCCCCCCCACUGCAUACUUCACUCCGCUGCACUACCCUCCCCGCUGGACAUCCCCUCCCUCUCCCCUCCCUCCGCUACACUUGUCUCCCCUGGACUUGACUCCAUUGCGCAGCAUACCUCCCCUCGCACUUCCCUCAGCUCCACUUCACUCCGCUGCAAUUCCCUCCGCUGCACUGCACUCCGCUGCACUCCACUCGCUGCAAUCUGCUGGACAUUUCCUCCCUCUUCCCCCGUCUCUCCCGCCCCUUCCAUCCGCUCCGCAUCCAGCGCCCUUCUCCUACUCCAUCCGUUGCCCCGCAACCCGUAUUCCCCCUCGCUCCCACCCGCCGCGUCACAUUAG